AUGAAAAAGGAAAACGGUAUCUUUGCUAGUCCUUUUACUUCAACAGAUGUAGAAAUAGAUCCAACAACAAAAGAAGGCAAAGAAGUACUCUCUCAGCCUCCUGCUACCAAAUGGGAACUAUGGGGAUAUUACCUCUAUUAUAACGGAGAUAAUGGAUUUACUAUUAAUAGUUACAUGCCAAAUAUACUUCAAUCUCUCGCUUAUCUCGGAGGGUUCUAUCCUGCCACAGAUACCUCGCCUGCCAAACAAGGUUGUGAUAUUUAUAACCAAGACGAAGUAUGCUAUGUUUCUUGGAACGGAGGCAGUGUUCCCGUUGCAUCCAUGGUCUUGUAUUCUCAAGCAAUAGCCUUCGUGAUCCAAUUUGUUCUAUUUACUUCAUUUGGUAGCCUUGCAGAUUACGGUAAAUGGAAUAGGUACAUUCUCUUAAUUGCCACCGUUAUCGGCUGUGCUACUCAAAUACUUCCUAUCAUCUUUAUUUAUAACGAUGGAUCCAACUGGAAUGCCAUGAUGGCCAUCAUGAUCCUUGCUCUGAUCUCAUAUGGAACAUCGCUCGUAUUUUAUGCAGCUGCUUUCCCUACACUCAGUGAUAACUUACCAGUGGUCCGAAAGGCUCGAGCAGAUCCCAACUUGACAAGAGAUGAGAGACUAAUUAUUACUGAAAAAUGGAGAAAUCAUGUGUCUGCUGUGUCUACCAUCUUUUCAAACAUUGGUUUCUUGAUCAUGACAGGCAUCCUGUCUGGUGUAUCCUACAUUGCAUGGUCAAACUAUAAUUUCCCAGAAGAUACCCCGCAUUACCUUGGUAAUGCACCCAUAUUCAAUUAUAUAUCUACUGUUGUCUGCGGCGGUUUCUGGGUACUAAACGCCAUUCCUUACUUCCUUGCCAUUCCUACGGGUAGACAAGGCCCACCUCUUCCAAAGGACUCAAAUCACUUUACCAUCGGUUGGAAAUCAAUCUUUAGGGCCGCAAAGGAAGCAAAGAGACUCAAAUACCUAUUUUUAUAUAUUCUCUCUUACUUUAUGUUCUCAGAUGCUAUCUCGACAACAAAUCAAAUGAUCGCCAUCACGCAGGGUCAAAUCACAAGCUUUUCCGCUCAGCAAGUCACCAUUCUCAACCUCGCAUCAGCCGUGACAUCCAUUAUCGGCUGCUUCUUCUUCCUCUGGCUAUCAAAAAUAGGUGUCAGCACCAAGACCAACUUACUGAUCAUCGUCGGUCUCUCUGGUGUCGUCGCCGUCUGGGGAUGCUUUGGUAUAGGUCUUACUAAUUUUGGCAUCAGAACCAGCUGGGAGCUCUGGGUAUUCUAUGUUUGGACGGGUCUAUUUUCAGCCCCUAUUUGGGCAUGGCAGAAUACCAUGUUGGCUGAAUUGAUCCCUAAAGGCAAAGAAAACCUGUUCUUUGGCCUCUUUGGUGUCAUUAAUAAAGCCUCUUCCUGGAUCGGUCCUGCUAUCAUUGGUGCCAUCACUCAGUACACAACAAACCUCUGGAGAGGUUGGCCAUUUGUACUCGCCUUAUUUGUUGUUGCCAUGGUGAUCAUUUGGUUCAUCGAUGUUGACAAGGCUAAAUUGGAUAUUGCUAAAUACCUUGAAGAAGAAUCUGCAAAAGAGCAGCACGAAAACAGUACUGAGCUGAUCAUCAUUGACGAAAAGCAAGAGAUCUAA